CGGAGAACCCGCGGGAAAGGCCGCGCGCCAGGCAGAUGGAGGGGUGUCUCCCAAACCGAUCUGUCGACGCCUGAAGGGGCCUGAGGAGAUUGCUAGGCUUCUCAGCUGGGGCUUCUUCACCCUCAUUUUUGUCCGACUGGCUGGACUGAAGAACCUGGCAGAAGCCUUGGGGCUAGGCACACUCCUUGCCUGUUCUCUUGUAUUUGAAGAGCCAACAGAAGUUCAGAGUGGCGGGAACUUGGAGACUAAGGAGGAGAAUAGCCCUAGAUGCGAGAUUUUGGUGUCCUUCAGGUCUCCUCAGGAAGAUGAACCCUCCCUUGCAGAAGCUGGAGCUGCCCCAGAGAGCCUGUCUGGGAUGAAGACAGAGACCCAGCCUUCGACAUCCUCGCUGGCAGACACCUCAUGGUCUGGCACGGUGAUUUUUGACAGUGUCCCAGGAAGUCAAACGUUGGAAGACAAGGGUCCAUUGACCUGGUCUGCAACAUCUUGGACCUCGGAGGCCCAAGUUUCAGCAGCCCGGGUUGCAGAGGCUCAGGCCCGGGAGGCCCAUGCUUUCGAGGCUCAGGCCAGGACCAGUCAGCCCAAGCAAAUUUCUGUAUUGGAGGCGUCAGCUGCCUCAGCCCUGAACCAGAAACCCACGUAUGAGAAGGUGCAGAUGACAGAGAAGAAAGAGAGUGAGGCCCUCCUCGCCCGUCCGUUCUGGUCCAGCAAAACUGAGUACAUUCUGGCUCAGGUGGGCUUCUCUAUGAAGCCAUCUUGUCUCUGGCGCUUUGCCUACCUGUGGCUUAACAGUGGAGGCUGCAGUUUCGCCGCCAUCUACAUCUUCAUGCUGUUCCUGGUUGGGGUUCCUCUUCUCUUCCUGGAGAUGGCAGCCGGUCAGAGCAUGCGUCAGGGCGGCAUGGGUGUAUGGAAGAUCAUUGCCCCCUGGAUUGGUGGUGUGGGGUAUUCUAGCUUCAUGGUGUGCUUCAUCCUCGGCCUGUACUUCAAUGUGGUCAAUUCCUGGAUCAUCUUCUACAUGAGCCAGUCCUUCCAGUUUCCCGUUCCAUGGGAGAAAUGUCCCUUAACGAUGAACUCUAGUGGCUUUGAUCCUGAAUGUGAACGGACAACACCCUCCAUAUACUUCUGGUACCGGCAGGCCUUGAAGGCCUCAGACAGAAUCGAGGAUGGUGGGUCACCCGUCUACAGUCUGGUCCUGCCCUUCUUUCUUUGCUGGUGUCUUGUUGGUGCUUUCAUGAUCAAUGGGCUUAAGUCCACCGGGAAGGUAAUCUAUGUCUUGGUACUGCUCCCCUGUUUCAUCAUCGUCGGUUUCUUCGUCCGGACUCUACUCCUGGAAGGGGCAAAAUUUGGCCUUCAACAGUUGGUGGUUGCCAAGAUAUCGGAUGUGUACAAUAUGAGUGUGUGGUCUCUAGCAGGGGGUCAAGUUUUGUCUAACACAGGCAUAGGCCUCGGCUCCGUUGCCUCCUUAGCCUCCUACAUGCCCCAGUCCAACAACUGUCUCAGUGAUGCCGUUCUCGUGUCUGUGAUAAACCUGCUCACUUUGUUGAUUUUCACAUCUUUCAACUUCUCUGUCCUGGGCUUCUGGGCAACAGUCAUCACACAUCGCUGCUGUGAGAGGAAUGCUGAAAUACUUUCAAAGCUGAUAAACCUAGGGAAACUGCCUCCUGACACCAAGCCCCCUGUCAACCUGCUUGACAACCCAACCUCCAUCUACAACGCCUGGUUCAAUGGCCUUCCCCAGCACAUCAAAAGCAUGGUUCUCCGCGAGGUGACUGAGUGCAACAUAGAGACUCAGUUUCUUAAGGCUAGCGAGGGCCCAAAGUUUGCAUUUCUGUCCUUUGUUGAAGCCAUGUCGUUCCUUCCUCUGUCUGUCUUCUGGUCUUUUAUCUUCUUCCUGAUGUUGCUGGCCAUGGGGCUGAGCAGCGCAAUAGGGAUUGUGCAGGGCAUCAUUACUCCACUCCAGGACACCUUCUCUUUCUUCAGGAAACAUACAAAGUUGCUCAUAGUGGAAGUCUUUCUGCUCAUGUUCGUGUGCGGCCUCUUCUUCACUCGACCUUCGGGCAGCCACUUCAUCAGACUGCUGAGUGACUACUGGAUAGUCUUCCCCAUCAUCGUCAUUGUCGUGUUUGAAACCAUGGCUGUAUCCUGGGCCUAUGGGGCCAGGAGGUUCCUUGCAGACCUGACAAUCCUGUUGGGCCACCCCAUCUCUCCCAUCUGUGGUUGGCUGUGGCCCCGUCUGUGUCCAGUUGUGCUGCUAAUCCUGUUUGUGACCAUGAUGGUUCAUCUUUGUAUGAAGCCGAUCGCCUACAUGUCCUGGGACUCAAGCACUUCAAAAGAGGUGCUUCGACCAUACCCACCAUGGGCACUGCUCUUGAUGAUCACCCUUUUUGCCAUUGUCAUCCUCCCCAUCCCUGCAUACUUUGUAUACUGCUGCAUACAUAGGAUUCCCUUCAGGCCCAAGAGCGGAGACGGGCCUAUGACAGCCUCCACAUCCCUACCCCUAAGUCACCAGCUAACACCCAGUAAAGAGGUUCAAAAGGAAGAAAUUCUACAAGGUGAUGAAACAAAGUAACCAUCAACUUGUCAUGUGACUUCCUAACUUCAUUAAUUUGGCUUCACAUAACAUAUCCCUUAGAACAGAUCCAAUAGGCAACUCUUAAUAUCAGUUUGCAACUGUUGAUGUCCCUGGAUCCAGAACCACUUUUAUUUCCAAGAGGAGGGGCGUUCUUUGGGGGGGUUCAUGGGGCCUGGCCUUGCAAUCCCUUCCUGGGUCCCAUCUUACCUGGUGACCACCAUGAUUGUUUUCCCCAUCCUCUUCCUCAACACACAUACAUGCACAAGUCAUAUACAAUACUAGUGAUGUCUACCAGUCCUGCUACUUCUGGGGUGCCUGUCUCCUGGAAUGGAGCUGGAGGAGCAAUGCUGUUGGUCAAUAAAUCAGUCUACUGGAACUCCAAGGACUGGAUGUAAGCAGAUCUUUUUUCUAUAGAUGUCUCAGAUGUUCAGUUUUCCUGUCACAAGGCUUCUAGUCUGUAUUAGUUCGUUUUCACACUGCUAAUAAAGACAUACCUGAAACU